AUGAUUGCGCGUAAUCUGGGCUUAUCACCUCUACCGGUGUCGGGAGCGGACAAGCCCGAUAUUAUCCCCCACUUGCUUUGCCAUAGAUCUACACGGACUUCGAGGGGCCGCUUGGAGACUGCGCCCUAUUUCCAAUUUGAACAUGGAGUGUACGAUACCUGUGCCGCAAUUUCAAUAAUGAACUACCGUGGGGUUAUUGGCUGCUUCGUCGCAAUGGCUUCCGCGUCACCAUUUGCCCUAGAAGAUCCCAGUGGUUUCUGCCCAUGGAUCAUCGUCGUUGGUGACUCGCUGGCCAUUGUUGGAUCGACACUGACCGUCCUUUACAUCUAUCGCCAAAUUAGCAUUGCACGCCAUUUUCAAAAGGAACAACUCAAGCACAAGAGCAAUCCCAACACUCUCGAGGAAACCCGUGUCAGCAAAACGGCCAAGAGAUUCCAGCCCUGUCAGAUUCUCACAACCAACUUGCUAAUCCUCCACGCCGCUCUCUGGGCCAUCGUCCGUUCCACCCUCCACCUUACUUUCACCAUCAAGCAAAUAAGGGACUACGACGCCUUUGUAAUAACCGCAAGCAACAUAUACCAAGUGGAAUGGAAGCGUAGCGACAUGAAGGACCUUUGGGGUGGUACUCAAACCUUCACCUGGGGAACGCUGCUAUUCACGGCAAUUCCCACGCUUUGGAUGGUCAGACAGUUCUUUCCCAAAGCCUUCCCACCGAGGGCGCGCGCGCUAUCGCUGCUGUGGGACAUCCUGCUUGUGUUUGGCUUUGCCAUUCUUUGGAUACUUAGCAGCUGUCCGACAACGGCAUCGCUUGGCGUUAGCCUUGUCAUGCUGGCGUCGGUCAACCUGAUCAUGGCCAGUCUGCUCUCGUCCAUGCUCGAGAUCCAGAGACAUGCAACAAGAGCAAAAGUGCAAGGUGUAAGUAAGCCGCUCUGA